AAUAUCCAAUUAACAUAAUAAAAUAUUAUAUAUAUUGCAAUAUAUAUUUAUGAACACAAACCUGUAUAGAUUUACGAUCGAGUAAGAAAUGAAGUAGCCAAUUUCCGUGCCGAUUCCAGGUGAUAUAAAUGUCAAAGGCUCGGGACUGUCAGAAAAUGACAAGAAUUAUUACGUAUAUACAAAAGUUAAAUAUUUAAAUAUUUUUAAAAAAGCUUAAAACACUUAAUUAUUUAAACAAUUAAUUAAAACAGUUUUAAUCGCAAUUUCAAUAUUCUUAUUUUUUCGUCUUAUUUUAUUACUCUUUAUUUUUUUCCUACCUGUUGCGAAACACCUUAUGUAUAUGAAUUUAUAAAAAAAAAUAAAAUUUUUUAAAAUUUCUUUCAGUGUUACCUUGUGCCAGUGAGCCACUCGUUGGGUAGAUCGACAAUAUGUAUGUUCCAGUAGGCACUCUUGUGUCUUCGCUGCUUGGCAUCACAAGAUUUCAUCAUUAUAAUCCCGAUGUCAAAGCAAACAUAGUGCCAAUUGAUUUCACCGUAAAUGCAUUAAUUACUAGUGGGGGAAAUAGGACGUCUUUAACCAACGUAGAAUGUGGAAAUUGUAUUUGAAGAUUCAUAAAGCUAUCAAAGCUAUCAAACCAUUCUGUACUAACGAAUGGAGCUAUUCCACCGACAAUGUUCAAGCUAUGUGGGACCAUCUCAAUAAGAAGGACCAACAAUUAUUUAACUUCAACAUGAUAGAAUUUGAUUGGACAAAAUAUCUUAUUGAUCACUAUAUGGGUAUUCGGUUGUUUCUACUCGACGAGAACGACAAUACCUUAGAAAUAAGUCGAAUCAAAUACAAGAGAUUUCAUUGGACCCAUAAAAUAAUGAAAGCUGUAUUUAUCUUCAUUGCCUUAUGGAUUUUUCACGUUAUAUUUAAGAAAAUAUUUGCAUAAUUUUUACAUUUGUAUGUAAUAUAAAAUAAAUGUACUCUAUUUAUUCCUUACGACUU